CCGUGCCGGCCUCCCCCUGAUCCAGCGCAGGAAAACACCCAAAGCCACGCAAAAACUUGGGAAAAUUACUGGGGAAAGAAGCGAGCAAGCGCACGAAGCGAGCCACGGGCACGCACCAACCUGUCCAGUAGCCACCCACCGCGCCCACUCCACUCUCGGUCCGCCUCUCGCCCUCGCCCUCCGUUGCCUUCCUCUGCCUCCUGCCACCGCGACUGCCGCUCGCUGUCGAGGCCAGAGGAGUAGUCAAGUCCAAGGCCACCCGCCUAGGCUCAACCCCCCCCCCCCCCUCAAGCCUCCUCGUCCUCCUCGCCACACACGCACGCCCGGCCUCCCUUACCCGACGACCCGGACCCCGCCGCCGCGUCGGCAGCUAGCUCCCUCUGCGAGGCCUCCGCCUCCCGGAGCCCAGCCCGUGGGGACCUAGUGAGUUGUGUGGAGGUGUGGCUGUGCGGGCCCGCGGGCGUCGUCGGGGCAGAUCCAUGGAGCUCAGCAGGCCGCAGCGUGGAUAGCGGUAGAUCGCGAGGCGUCCGGGCUUGUUGUAUUAUUGCUAGCUAGGUUUUUUGGGCGUUUGGCUUGGGCGAAUAUGGCCGCGGCAAUGGACGUGGCGAACCCUGAAGCGGCUGCUGGCUCAGGAAUGUCUAGCGAUGCGCUGUACCGAGAGCUAUGGCAUGCUUGUGCCGGUCCUUUGGUCACAGUACCUAGACAAGGCGAGCGUGUCUAUUACUUCCCCCAGGGCCAUAUGGAACAGCUGGAGGCGUCUACACACCAGCAGCUUGACCAGUACCUGCCAAUGUUCAAUCUACCAUCCAAGAUCCUAUGCAGUGUGGUCAACGUAGAACUACGGGCGGAAGCUGAUUCAGAUGAAGUUUAUGCUCAAAUUAUGCUGCAACCAGAAGCCAAUCAAAGUGAACUCACCAGCCUGGACCCUGAGCCACAAGAACCUGAGAAAUGCACCGUCCAUUCCUUCUGCAAGACACUGACAGCUUCAGAUACGAGCACUCAUGGUGGUUUCUCUGUUCUUCGGAGGCAUGCUGAAGAAUGCCUUCCUCAGCUGGACAUGUCUCAGAAUCCACCUUACCAAGAACUGGUUACCAAAGAUCUCCAUGGAACUGAAUGGCAUUUUCGGCACAUUUUUCGAGGUCAACCUAAGAGGCAUCUCCUUACUACCGGCUGGAGUGUCUUUGUUAGCUCAAAAAGAUUGGUUGCUGGUGAUGCAUUUAUAUUCAUCAGAGGUGAAAAUGGUGAGCUACGUGUUGGCGUAAGGAGGCUCAUGAGGCAAGUAAAUAGCAUGCCGUCAUCUGUCAUAUCAAGCCACAACAUGCAUCUUGGAGUCCUGGCAACAGCCUCCCAUGCCAUCUCAACUGGAACCCUCUUUUCUGUCUUCUACAAACCCAGGAUUAGCCGCUCUGAUUUUAUUGUGAGUGUUAAGAAGUACCUUGAAGCUAAGAAACAUAACAUAUCCGUUGGAAUGAGAUUCAAGAUGAGAUUUGAAGGUGAUGAAGCUCCUGAAAGAAGGUUCAGUGGAACAAUUGUUGAUAUUGGGAGCUUGCCAGCAAUGUCAAAAUCUCUAUGGGCAGAUUCUGACUGGAGAUCUCUGAAGGUCCAAUGGGAUGAACUUUCAUCCAUUCUUCGUCCAGAUCGAAUCUCUCCGUGGGAAGUGGAACCAAUGGAUGCAGCUAAUCCGCAAUCCCCUCAACCUCCAUUAAGGAAUAAGCGUGCACGGCCCCUAGCUUCACCUUCUAUGGUUCCAGAGCUGCCUUCAGGCUUUGGACUGUGGAAAUCCCCAUCCGAAACAACCCGGACUCUCUCAUUUUCGGAUCCACAAUGGGCUCGGGAGUUAUUUCAUUCAAUUCCCACUUCUACCUUCUCAUCAUCAUCAAACGCCGGACUCAAUUCAAAGAAUGAUUCAUCCAUGCUAAACAAUCAGUUGUACUGGUCAGUAAGGGACUCGAGAACUGACUCCUGCGCUGCUAGCACUACCAAAGUCACAGUUGAAAAGAAGCGAGAAUCAAGGUCUACUGGCUGCAGAUUGUUUGGAAUUGAGAUAUGCUCAGCCGAGGGAGAAGCAUUACCUGUGAUUACUGCUCCAGGUCUUGGUUAUGACCAAACUGCUGCCUCAGUAGACCUGAACUCCGAUAAGCUCUCACAGCCAUCUGAUAUCAACAAUUCUGAUGCCCCAGCAGCUAGCAGUGAGCCUUCUCCUCUUGAAUCCCAAAGCCGGCAAGUGAGGAGCUGCACCAAGGUAAUUAUGCAAGGAAUGGCAGUUGGAAGGGCUGUUGACCUGACAAAGCUUGGUGGAUACAAAGAUCUUUGCCAGAAGUUGGAGGAGAUGUUUGAUAUCCAAGGCGAGCUAGGUUCCACACUCAAGAAAUGGCAGGUGGUUUACACUGAUGACAUGGAUGAUAUGAUGCUUGUUGGGGACGAUCCUUGGAAUGAGUUUUGCAGAAUGGUGAAAAGAAUUUACAUUUACACAUAUGAGGAGGCGAAGCAGCCGGCACCGAAGUCUAAACUACCAGUUAACAGUGACCCAAAAUUCACCACCUGAAUGAGUCAUCUAACUUGACUCCCAUGUACCAACAAAGACUGCUGAGUGCUAACAUUGCUCUAAUUCUGUUUCUUCCGUCGGUUAUGGGGGUAAAUGCCCAUGAUCCUUUGCUCUGCUGAGAGCUACUCAUGAUUGCUUCGUGGGCCGAAGGCGUGGUUGGCCUUGAAUUUUGGGGGCGUUUGGAUUGCCAGGCCAGCAUGAGCCUCCUGGAAGAGGCAUUCUGGCGUCGUGUCCAUUUCCUGUUUGUUUGCACUGUUUGGUAGGAACCAUCAGCCAUGGUAUUCUUGCCAGGUACCUGGUUUUAAGCAAGGACCGAUCAACUGCAAGAUGGACGGCGCCUUGCCCCUCCUUCAAUUGCUUAGUAAUUAGGGCUAUGUAUGUAUGAAUGUAUAUAUAUUAUCGUUAGGAUGCCUGGUAUUGAGGUUCGGGCAUAUGUAUGUGGUUCAGCCGUUAUCUUGAGCAGCAACAGCCUUGAGGAGGUGGUGUGAAUGUAUGUUUCUUUCAGUAACAACCUUGCGGAAGCCAUGUGUAUAUAAUUUGCUAUUUAAUAAGUAAUUUUGUGCUUCUAGCGUUC